UGGCUCCUGAAUUCUUUGCAGGUCGUUGGUGCAUACCGGUAGCACAACACAGCCAGUCAGCUCGUUUUAUUUAUUCAGCUUCAGACAGAUUGAUGAAGAAUUAUCUUCUCCUCGAAUCCUGGAAUCAAACACUGUUGAAUAAGCAUAUCAUAUGUUGGGUUGUUAUCCGAAGCCGUCGGAUGGUAGCACACAAUGGAACUCGUGACGUCUGGAUUACACAGUCAGCCCUAUUCAUCAUUUCAUUUCUUUCCUUGGUAUCCAUCUGGUUCUGGAUGCCUAAAUUGGUAAUCUUCAUCAUUCUGCCUCAUAAGUGUCUCAUCCUGCGUCUUGAAGGGAGAGGGAGGCACUGAGAAGACAUACCCAACAACCACCUAGUAACCCAUAUUUUAGCCCUAUACAAUUAACAGACUCAAUUUAUUUCAGGUUAUAGGUCCAGGAAGCUAUACAUAGAUAUGUAUCCGGUCAUAUAUUAGCUUGUACGCCCGA